AUGAUUUUCGGUUAUAGUCUUCCAGCAGAACGAGUAAAAUGGUACGUUGUCUGCCUGUCUCCAAAGUUGGCACAAAGUCUGGGAAACAUGAGCCAAAUCUGUGUGUGUGUUCGAGUAACUAGUGCCAUCCACCUCAUAGAUCCAAACACUCUGCAAGUUGCAGAUGUUGAUGGCAGCACUUUCUGGAGUCAUCCUUUCAAUAGCUUGUGCCAUCCCAAACAGCUCGAGGAGUUUAUUGUGAUGGAAUGCAGCAUAGUCCGAGAUCUAAAACGUAGUGCUGGCGCUGGAAUGAUAUCAAAAAAGCAUACGCUUGGGGAAGUCUGGGUACAGAAAACAUCUGAAAUGAAUACAGAUAAACAGUAUUUUUGUCGCACUCAUUUGGGACAUCUUUUAAAUCCUGGAGACCUGGUGUUGGGAUUUGAUUUGGCCAACUGUAAUUUAAAUGAUGAACAUGUUAACAAAAUGAACUCAGAUAAAGUUCCAGAUGUGGUGCUAAUCAAGAAGAGCUACGAUCGUAGCAAACGUCAGCGGCGCAGGAACUGGAAGCUGAGAGAGCUGACGAAGGAGAGAGAAAACAUGGACACGGAUGAUGAAAGGCAAUACCAAGAUUUUCUUGAAGAUCUUGAAGAAGAUGAGGCAAUUAGGAAAAAUGUCAACAUUUACAGAGAUUCAACCAUUCCUGUGGAAAGUGACACAGAUGAUGAGGGAGCACCUCGGAUUAGUCUGGCUGAGAUGCUUGAAGACCUCCAUAUUUCCCAUGAUGCCACUGGUGAAGAAGGUGCAUCAAUGAUGACAUAAUAGAUCAUGUUGUAUUCUGCAUCUAUAUCGACUCAGGAAACUGGAGAAAAUAGCCUUCACUGUAUACUCUGUUUUUGCCUCAAUACUCUGAGAUGAGAAGUUUAAUUUUAAAGCUAAGUAAAUAUUGAAUUUUGUUUGCUCA